AUGCCCCAGCUGAGCAAUGAUGAUUUCUUCUUGAAUGAGGAGAUUAAUAUUGAUAGAGAAGACAAUGACUCUGACAAUGAUUCCUUGGAGACUGACAACUCUGAAGCCAGUGACUUUGAACAGAUGCAAAGGGUUUUACAUGAUCCAGGGCCAACUGCUGAAGUCCAUGAGCUGCAAAAGGCCCUUGUGAUUGGUCAGAAAGCUUACACUGAGACAUGUGUUGAGCUACACAGUGUACAAAAGGAGCUCCAUAGUCUGUCUUCAACUCUUUCCACCCACAAGUGCAAUCAUAUUCUGAGCAAGACUUCAGAAAGCCUGAGUAUUGAUGCCAGUAUCUCUAAGGAAGCAAAGCAGUAUGCCCUUCUUUACAAUUUCUGGGUCCCAGAUGGCCUUUUUCCACUGACACCAAAGCUGGAUGUUGAUCCACACAGCCCAACUCACUGGACAUCACCCAAGGCCAAACUUGAUGGUGCAGUAGCAGAACUCUACAGUGUAGUCCCCAGCUCUCUCCAUAAGCACAUGGAGACCUAUAAGCAGUUUGGAUCUAUCAUAAAACAGUCCAACAUCCUGAGGGCUAUUAAAGAUUGUGCUGGCAUUGUUUUUGCACCAUAUGGGCUUGACCCCACCCACCUUUCUGGCCGUCCUUUGGGAAGGAAGGAAGAUCCCAAGUUUCAGGUUCUACUGAAGAAAGAUGGCAUUGGUGAAUACAUGCAUCUUGCUCCAAUUCUUUUCAAAAAGAAUGACAACAUGGUUGCUAGCAAGUUUCUCAUGAGUCUGGCUAUCACCCUUGCUCAUUUUCUAGUGUCUCCAGAUUUAGAGCUCUCUUCCAUCAGUGGGGAGACUCACAUUCUGUACAGCUCUGACCAUGACUUCUACAUUGAAAAGCUUUCAAAGAAAAGCAAUUGGGCUCUCCAUGUUUUUGAUCAUGUGAAUUGUGAGGUGUUUGGUAAAGACUCACAGUCAAAGAAUGUGUCAUUAGUUCCUCCAGUUCCUCCCACUGCCCAGCCAUGUACUCAGGAAGAUGAGAUGUUGUCUGAAAUCAAGAAUCCUACACCUCAUGUCACAGCUCCCACCUCUCCCACUGUCAACACAUUUGUCAAUCCUGCAUUCCUGAAUCCUCCUUCUGCUUCACUGUGGGGCUUUGACAUGGCUACCUGCUCAUCCUCAUCCACUUCUAGCUGUCAUGGAAACACACUCUCUGUUUCCAUGGUUUCUCAGCUACAACUUGAGGUUGGUCAGUUAAGUGUAAGCAGCACCUGCACUACACCUGCACUGUCUUUGGCUUCAAGUCAACAAACCAUGGCACCUACUUCUUGCAGAAAGAUCACCCCUGUAGCCACCCAACAACAAGAAUCCUCACAUGCUGCCAAGGGUGAAACAAUUGUUGACCUGCCUGAACCCCUGCAGUGCACCACACAUAAUACUACCCAUGCUGGAAAGGUCUUGAAGACCAAGAAAUAA